AUGAACAAUAAUAAUAAUGGAGGGAAUGUAAUAUCAGAUUAUCCAACCUCCAGUAAUAAUAACAAUAAUGGCAGACACAAUAAUAAUAAUAACAAUAAUAAUAAUAACAAUAAUAAUAAUAAUAGUUAUAGAAGGUCAAGAUCAAGAUCAAGAUCACCAUCACCAACAAGAGGAAGAUCACCAGUUAUGUACUCUCCAAACAGAGAUAGUUCUGAUGACGAUAGCUCAUCUUCAAGAUCAGGUUUAUACCUUUCAAGUUCUUCAUCAAGAUCAAGAUCAAGAUCACCAUUGCCACCAUUAAAUAAUAUUAAUAAUGGAAAUCAACAAUCAAAUAAUUUUAUUAAUAAUAAAAAUAAUAAUAAUAAUUUUAAUAAUAUUAAUAAUAAUUAUAAUAAUAAUAAUGGUAUUAAUAGCAGUAAUAGCAAUAAUAGCAGUAAUAGCAGUAAUAAAAGUAAAAACAGUAAUAAUAAUAUACCUAACAUUUUACCCUAUAUUUCAUUAAAUGGUUCGGGUUCAUCAUCGUCAUCUAAACAAUUUUCAUUGCCACCAUUAAAAUCAACUACAACAUCCUCUUCAUCAAAUUCAACUUCUUCAUCCUCCUCCAGAUCAUCUAAAUCACAUUCUUCAUCGUCAUCAUCAUCAUCAUCGUCAUAUCCAAUAAAAUCUAUUUUUGGAAAUAUUGGAGGAGGCAGUUCAAAAGGUUCUUCUUCCUCUUCUUCCAGAAGCUCUAAAAGUAGUGGCAGUAGCAGUAGUAGAAGUGAUAGAGACAAAAGCGAUAGAGAUAGUAGAAGUGAUAGAGAAAGUAGAAGUGACAGAGAUAGAAGUGACAGAGAUAGAAGUAGUAGAAGUGAUAGAGAUAGUAGAAGUAGCAGAGAUAGUAGAAGUGAUCGUGAUAGAACUAGUAGUAGUAGUAAUAAUAAUAAUAAUAAUAAUAAUAAUAAUAAUAAUAAUAAUAGUGGUAAUAACAACAACUCUAACAACAACUCUAAUAAUAAUAAUAAUAACUCUAACAACAGCAACAAUAUCAAUAAUAAUAGUAAUAAUAGCAGAAGUGAUAGAGAUAGUAGAAGCGAUCGUGAAAGAAGUGGUAGAAGUGAUAGAGAGAGUAGAGGAGAUAGCAAAAGUAAUAGAUCUUCAUCGUCAUCCUCUUCAUCCUUAAAUAAUAAUAAUAACAAUAACAAUAAUAAUAAUAAUAAUCCAUUAUCGUCGUCAUCAUCAUCAAGUAAUAGACAACCAUCUACAACUUCACCAAUUAUGCCAUCUAAUACUUUGUUUAAUAUUAAACCAAUUGGAACUACUUCACCACAUCUAUCAUCAUCAUCAAAUCAAGGAUUACCACCAAUAUCAUUAUCAUCUUCAUCAAAACAUAAAUUAUCAUCAUCUUUGUCGUCAUCGUCAUCACUAUCAUCGUCUACUAAUCAAGGUGCUUCAUCAGCAAUAUCAUCAUCAAUUUCAGUAUUAUCAUCACCAAAACAAUCACCAUCAAUGAAAUCAAUGUCAUCAUCAAACCCUGCUUUACCAACUUUAGCACCAUUAACACAACUCUCAUCAUCAUCAUCCAAUCAAAAGAAUUUACCAAAUCUUGUAUUAAAAAAAGCAAUUAGUAAAAAAGAUAGGGAACAACUUAUGGAAUUAUUAAAUGAACACGAAAGUGAUUCCGACGUCGAUUUUUCAACAACACCAACUUUAAGUAGUCAUAUAUCAAAAUACUCACCAGCACAAUCACCUCUUCCAUCAAUCAAAUCAAUCCCACCAAUGCCAUUGAGUGGUAAUAGUUUCGAGCCACUAUCAAUUGGAAAUCAAAGAAAUAGUACUGAUAAUUUAUACGAUAACAGUAAUAAUAAAAACAAUAAUAACAACUACAACAACAACAAUAAUAUGUUAAAAAAUUUAGAUUUUAAUAGUAACGAUCACUCUAAAUUGGAUAAUAUUUUAUUAAGCGAAAAAUCAAUCGAAAGACACAGAAAUCCAUUAUCAUCUUCUAUUUCAUCAGCACCAAAACCAUUGGAUUUUGAUAGUGAUGAAGAUAUAACAGAAGAAUAUUAUAAAAAAAUGUUAGCUAAUCAUGCAAGAUCAAAGAAAUCUAAAAAAGAAACUGAUAAAAUAUUUAGAGAAUUGGAACUAUCUGAUGAUGAUGUUUUUGAUGAAAAGAAUGAUAGAAAACAAUUAAAAAUGAUGAAAAGGUUAAUGGAUAGAGAGGAUAAUGAUAGAAGAGUAAAAAAGAAAAUGGUUGAUCCAAAAUAUAAUAGUAGUAGUAGUAGAUCAAAAGAUAGAUAUGGAAGUAGUAGUAGUAGUAAAUCAUCAAAAUAUAAUUCAUCCUCAUCAUCAUCAUCUUCAAGAUCAAAAGAUAAUAAGUAUAUAAGACCAUCAAUUUUCUCAAGUGAUGAUGAUUUUUCAAAGGAUGAAGAUGAUGAAGAAUUUGAAAGACUAUGGAAAGAUAGAAAGAAAAAGAAAUCAAGUAAUGGACCAAGUUUGUCAAAUUCAUAUUCUGGUAUUAAAACAGAUCAAUAUAAUCAACAACAACAAUAUAAUCAACAACAACAACAAUAUCAAUCACAAAAUCAACAACAACACCAACAACAACAACAACAAAUUAUUACAAAUCAAUCAAUUUUAGAAAAACUUGAUUGGUAUAAAGAAAUUGAUUCAAAAUUUUCAUCAAAUUGGAUGAAAAUUAUAAAAAAAGAUUUACCAAAAGCUUGUAAAAAGUAUUCAGAUAUUCAUAUGAAUGGUAUUGCCAAUUGUAAAAAAAUAGCUCAAAUGAUGAAACGAGAAUUAAAGAUAAAGAACCAAAAGCCACCAAAAGCAACCAAAGAUAAUCAAAUACGUGCAAAGAAAUUGGUAAAGGAAAUGGGUGCCUAUUGGAGAAAGUUUGAUAAAGAUGAGAGAGAAGCUAAAAGAAGAGCAGAGAAAGAGGAAGCAAAUCAAAGAAAACGUGAAGAAGAAGUACAAGAAGCAAAGAGACAACAAAGAAAACUUAAUUUCCUUAUCUCACAAACUGAACUCUAUAGCCAUUUCAUGAGUAAAAAAUUGGAUGAUCCAUCAAGUGGCGAUGCCACUCCCGCUACUAUUGGUUCAUUAAUGAAUGGAUCACAAAUGCCAACUGAACAGAAUAAAAAAAUCAAAGAAAAGAAUGAUCAAGACGACAAUGAAUCAUCAUCUGAGGAAGAAGAGGAAUCAUCUGAUGAUGAGGGUAAAACUGAACAAGAAAAGAAAGAAGAAGAGGAAUUAAAAUCUGAAGCACUCAAAAAGACUCAAAAAGCAAUUGAAUUACAACUUUUAAAGACUAAAACCUUUGACAGAGAUGUAAAUAAAAUUAAAAACUCUGCAACUGAAGGAGGCGGUGAAACUAUACCAGAAUCAUUGGCUGUAAGUGAUAAAAUGAUGGUAGAUGGUUUACCAAUGAUUGAUAUGAAUUCAAGUAUUCCACCUGGAUUUAGUACAGCUGAUACAUUGAAACAACCAACCAUUUUAAAUGCAGAUUUAAAACCAUAUCAAUUAAAAGGUAUGACAUGGAUCGUAAAUCUUUAUGAUCAAGGUAUCAAUGGUAUAUUGGCAGAUGAAAUGGGUUUGGGUAAAACCAUUCAAUCGAUUGCAGUCCUAGCUCAUUUGGCAGAGGAAAAGAAUAUUUGGGGACCAUUUUUAAUUGUUACACCAAAAUCAACACUUCACAAUUGGAAGAAUGAAUUUGCAAAGUUUGUACCAGCAUUCAAGGUAAUUCCUUAUUGGGGUACACAACAACAACGUACUACCAUUAGAAAAUAUUGGAAUCCAAAGAAAUUGUAUCAUAGAAAUUCACCAUUCCACGUUUUAAUCACAUCGUACAAUGUGAUAGUACGUGAUGAAAAGUAUUUCCAUAGAUUACGUUGGCAAUAUAUGGUAUUGGAUGAAGCUCAUGCUAUCAAGAGUUCAGCAAGUAAUCGUUGGAAAACUCUAAUGAGUUUUAAUUGUAGAAAUAGACUCUUACUCACUGGUACACCCAUUCAAAAUAGUAUGGCUGAACUUUGGGCUUUACUUCAUUUCAUUAUGCCAACAUUCUUUGAUUCUCAUGAUGAAUUUGCAGAGUGGUUCUCAAAGGAUAUCGAAAAUCAUGCUAUGUCACAAGGUGGUUUGAAUGAACAUCAACUCAAUCGUCUUCAUAUGAUUUUGAAACCAUUCAUGUUGAGAAGAAUUAAAAGAGAUGUAGAGAAUGAAAUGCCAUCAAAAACAGAGGUUGAAGUCUAUUGUAACCUUACUCAUCGUCAAAAGAAACUCUAUCAAAGUAUUCGUUCAAAUAUUUCAAUCACCGAGUUAUUGGGUGGUGCUUCCUUUAGUGAACAAGGUUCAAUGAAAGCAUUGAUGAAUUUCGUUAUGCAAUUUAGAAAGGUUUGUAAUCAUCCUGAAACCUUUAAAAGAAGUGAAUGCGAAUCACCUUUCCUCUUUCAAGUUCAAACUAUGGAACCUCAAAAUACUACUUCACCACAAUGUCCAAAUCAUUUAAAAACUGUAAGAUCAAUUAAUAAUAAUCCAAUUCAAGUCGUAAUUCCAAAGUUAAUCUUUAGAGAAGCUUGGAAUCCUUUAAAUUCAACAGAUUCUGAUCAAAUUAGAACUAGAACAAUUGAUCGUUUCAAUAUAUUUAAAGCAAAUAAUAUUUCAAAUAAUAGUAGUGGUAAUGAUACUUUUUCAUUUAGUAGAUUCAUAAAUUUAGAACCAGGUGAAUUAAAUAAAUUAUCAAGUGAAUUAAAUUUAUUAGAUUUUUAUCUAUUGAAUCAAGCAACUGAAAAUGAAGUUUAUCCAGUUUUCAAUCAUUUAUUGGAUAGUGAUUCAUUUGAUCAACCACUUUCAAAUAAUAUGAAAUCAAUGUUAUUGGAACCAACUUUCUCAAAUGUAUUAAAUGAAGAUCGUUUAAAUAAUGGUUUAUUUAAUGUAAAGGAUUUAGUUAUUGGUGGAAAUGAACGUUAUCAAAUUAAUCAAUCAGUCAUUCAAUAUGUUUAUACAUUAUAUCCAAAAGUUACAGCUGCACCAAUUGAUGCUAUGGUAUCGGAUAAAUCUUUCUAUAUUGAAAAAUCAACUCAACAAUUGAAUUCUUCAAUGGAUUGUAAAGAGAUUUCAUUGGUUAAAUUAACAAUGAAUGGUUUAAUUACUAAUGAAACUACCAAGGAAUUAAGUGAAUCAUUACCAACUGUUUUACCUCCUUCAUCAAAUCAAAUCGUAUUGGAUAAUCUAAAAGAGAAUGGUGGUUUAAUGGGUGGUUUAAAUCGUUUAUUCGGUUCAACUUCAAUUUGGAUGCCUUCAUUCUCAAAAUCUUUGAAUGAUAGUGGUAAACUUCAAGUAUUGGAUAAGCUUUUAAAGGAUUUGAAAGUUGGUGGUCAUAGAGUACUUAUCUAUUCUCAAUUCACAAAGAUGAUCAACAUUUUAGAAGAUUUCAUGAUCUUUAGAAAAUAUAAAUACCUUCGUCUUGAUGGUUCUUCAAAAUUGGAUGAUCGUAGAGAUAUGGUAGAUGAUUUCCAAUCGGAUCCUUCCAUUUUCGCCUUCCUCCUAUCAACUAGAGCUUGUGGUAUCGGUAUCAAUUUAACAUCUGCUGAUACCGUUAUCUUUUACGAUAGUGAUUGGAAUCCAACUGUUGACGAACAAGCCCAAGAUAGAGCUCAUAGACUUGGUCAAACUAGACCUGUCACUGUUUAUAGAUUAAUUACAAAAAAUACCAUUGAAGAAAAGAUUUUAAAACGUGCAAAACAAAAACAUCAAAUUCAAAGUAUUGUUAUUGCUGGUGGUAAAUUUGAAUCAAAUCCUGAAGAAUUAGAUCAAGUUGGUGAAAAUGAAGCAAUUUCUUUCUUAUUAGAUGAUGAUGAAUUAGAAGAAAGAUUUAAAAAUCAAAUUGAUCCAGCAACAGGUAAAAAAAGAAAACAACCAGAACCUGAAGUACCAUCAAUUGCUGAUAAACCAUUUUCACCAAAUGAUAUCCCAACAACCAAACCAGUUAAUAAAGGUAGACCACCAAAAGAACAAUCAAAAGAACCAAAAGUACCAAAGAAGAAAGGUCCAAAACCAGGUUAUAAGAGAAUAAAAACAGAAGCAGGUGGUGGUGGUGGUGGUGAUGGUGGUGGUGAUACUUCAACUGCCUCAACUACAACAACUGCAACUACAACCUCUUCAACUACAUCUUCAACUAAUGAUCCAUCUUCAACUUCAACUUCACCAACAACAUCACCACCACCAACAGGUGUUAAACCAACAAAAGCAGCUAAAGUUCCUGGAAAACCUGGUAGACCAUCAGGAAAACCAAAAGGUUAUUAUAAAAAAGCUCCUGCAACUCCAACACCUUCAAAUACAACUUUAUCAACACCUUCCACCUCACCAACAAUGGUAACAACUGCACCAAUUGGUAGUGCAAAUACAUCUCCAAAAUAA